AUGCAUCGACUUACAUUCUUUUCUCAAAAGAGUUCGUCAUUAUUUCGACCUUUGAGUUACUUAAAAAAUGAGAAAAUAAUUUGUAUUGGUGGCAAUCGCCGUAAUUCUCUUUCAUUAAUUCUGGAAUCAUCGCCACAACAAUUAUUUUAUCGUCAAAUAUCAUCAAAAAAAAGUGAAGCUAGCAAAAAUGUCGGUGAUAAUAAUGGUGAACAAGAUCCUCAUUCGAAAAUCAUGGAAAUUCUUCGAGAAUCAACUGCAAUGAGUAAUCAAACUCAUGCUAUCGAAUCACAAGUUAAAUAUGGAAAGAUUUUUCGAUACGGGGAAUUAUAUGCUCCAUACGAAUUAAAUGAAGACAAGUACAAAGGUAAAAGAAAUACGGGUAGAUCUACGAGAAAACCACCAACUGUCGAUAUAUUUAAUGCUUUAAAACUUAAUCCAUUAGUCGAAUACAAGGCAAGUUUGACGGCAAAAAAUCAAAGAAAAUUGGCAAAAGCUAUUAAACGUGCAAGAUCAUUUGGAUUAAUCCCUUCUACACAUAGACGCAAAGCUGAUUUUUAUGAUGUAGAACUUAUGAUGUCACAAAUGAAAAAUAAAAAAGCUUCAGACUUUAUGGAUUUUGAGUGA